AUGGCUGGUGCGGGAAUCACGUACGCGACGCGGCUGUAUACAGACCAGAAACUGCAGCAGGUUGUCGCGCAGAGCCAACAGGUUGUUGGCAAAGCUGCCGUUGGCGGCCCCUUCGACUUAAUAGAUCAGGACGGGAAGCGAUACACGGACAAGGACCUGUUGGGGGAGUUCGCAUUGCUAUACUUCGGGUUUACGCACUGCCCCGACAUUUGUCCCGAUGAGUUGGAGAAGGUGUCGGAGGCCGUAAACCUCAUAGAGAAAUCUACUGGUGUUCAAAUCCAGCUGGUGUUCAUUUCAGUCGACCCCGAGCGCGACAAACCCCCGCUCGUGAAGUCCUAUGUCAGCGAGUUCCAUCCGCGGAUGAUUGGCCUCACCGGCGACCUGGAUAACAUCAAGAAGGUCAGCAAGUCUUACCGUGUCUAUUACAGCAAGACGGGUGAGAGCGACGCCGACUACCUGGUCGACCACUCCAUCAUCCACUAUCUUAUUGACCCUGAGGGCGAGUUCGUGACUUUCUUUGGCAAGAAUAGCGAUGCGCAGCAGAUUUCAAAGCAGGUGAUUCAGCAUCUGGCGAACUGGCAGAAGGAGCAUCCUGGCUACCACCGCGGCAAGGUAUUGGCUGCCACAACGCCCGCAACCGAAGGCGGCAAAUGA